AUGGAGCUGGGACACGGGAGCUUCGCCGUCGGGAGUAGAUCCAUCCCCGAGGUCGCCGGCGUGGUUACUCUGCUGGUGGUCCUCUUGUGCUCCUGCCUGACUUCAACAGGUCGGGCACCGCCCCCUUCUCCUCCCUCAUUCCCCAAUCAAGCCGAGGUUGGCGACUUCCGUUCGUCUCAUGCGGUUUCGGGAUCUAUCUGAUUGAUGAUGCUUGGGAAUCGUCUCACUCAAGCUAAUGUUUCGCAGUUCCUUGAUUGAGUUGCAUCUUACUGUUUUAAACCGUUUGGGUGUUUAUGGAGGAAGGGAGUCGAUCCUGGCCUAGAUUCGCUCAUCUUCCUGGUUCUCGAUCCUUCUCCGUUAUAAUCUUCCGAAAAUACGUCAGGUUUUCCCUCCCGUAGAUCUUGCAUUCGCUCGUGGAGUUGCCGAGAGCAUGUGGCAUCCGUGAUUUUACUGAUGGCGUUGUGUCUAGGAGAAGAUUUUUUCUUAUUCGUUAGUCUAGAACCGUCUGAAGUGCUUCGUUCGUCGGAUUUAGAGACAUCAACAGACUUUAGACAACUUGAAAUCUACGUAAUCCGAUUACAUAGAUCUUAGGCACCCCAGUAAUUGGUUCUUCGGGUGUUGUAGCGUGAAUCUCGCUGCCUCAAGUCUUGAAAUCUACGUAAUCGGAGAUUUUUAACAUACUAUUUGUUGAAUAUGGCAGAUGUUUUUCUUUAAAACAAUUAAAACGAAAUCCUUGAUUAAAUCUGAAAUAUUAUGGUUGAUUUAUUCUCCUGUUGAUCAUUUUGCAGAGGCCUACGACGCACUCGAUCCAAAUGGGAACAUAACGAUAAAAUGGGACGUCAUGCAGUGGACGCCAGAUGGUUAUGUUGUAAGUAUAUGGAAACAGGAGGAUCCUCACCAGAGGGACCCCCUCUCUGCCAAAAGUUGCAAUAUUGACGACAUGAAAAAUACAUGUAGUUUUCUGCACGUUGAACGCAAUUUAUAUGGAAUAAUUUCGUCGUCUUCUAACGCUAUUUCAUGGAUUACCCUCUUAGGCCGUUGUGACGAUGUUCAAUUACCAACAAUACCGCCACAUCCAAGCUCCAGGGUGGAGCUUGGGAUGGAAAUGGGCGAAGAAGGAGGUCAUAUGGUCCAUGGUGGGGGCGCAGGCUACAGAACAGGGAGAUUGCUCGAAAUUUAAAGGGAACAUCCCCCACUGCUGCAAGAGGGACCCGACUGUGGUUGAUCUGCUUCCAGGGACUCCGUACAACAUGCAGAUAGCUAAUUGCUGCAAAGGAGGAGUCAUCAACUCUUGGGCUCAGGACCCAGCUAACCACGCCGCCUCUUUCCAAGUCAGUGUGGGGAUGGCAGGAACUACUAACAAGACUGUCAGAGUUCCAAGGAACUUCACCCUGAAGGCACCCGGGCCUGGGUAUACAUGUGGAAUCGCGAAAAUCGUCAAGUCCACUAAGUUUACCACGCAGGAUGGGAGGAGAACCACCCAAGCUAUGAGUAAGCCAGUUUUUCAAUUCUUAUAUUUUACAUCUUUAUUAUAUUUCUGUUCAUUUUGGGCGUGGAACUUCAAAUUGAUGAAGAUUUCAACUAAACAGUUGAUAACUUAGCCAUGAAAUAAUCAUGUAAAAGGACUGGGGAAGGUUUAUAGUGUGUUCAAUAAACUUACUUCUAGUGCAAUGUAGUAUAUGAACUGGAUUUGGUUCUUUAGUAUGUCCGUCUUAUACAGUGGUAUGUAGCCUGUCUGUUGUUCUGGUUUUCUAACCGCUCCUCAUCUUCCUGCAGUGACAUGGAACGUCACAUGUACAUACUCCCAACCUUUGGCCCAGAAGACCCCCACUUGCUGCGUCUCUCUCUCAUCCUUCUACAAUGAUACAAUUGUCAAUUGCCCUACGUGCACCUGCGGAUGCCAGAACAACAUCACUCAGCCAGGAAGCUGUGUAGAGUGAGCUCCUCUCUCUCUCUCUCUCUCUCUCUCUCGCUCGCUCGCUCGUUGUGUGUGUCUCUCUGCCUCUGCUGACUUGCGUUCUGCGUGUUACUAAACAGGGCUGACUCGCCAUAUUUAGCAUCCGCUAUUAAUGGGCCUGGAAAGGCUACCUUAGCACCUUUGGUGCAGUGUACAUCCCACAUGUGUCCGAUAAGAAUUCACUGGCAUGUCAAGCUCAACUACAAGGAGUACUGGCGAGUGAAGAUCACCAUUACCAACUUCAACUACCGGAUGAACUACACCCAGUGGAACUUGGUCGCCCAGCACCCCAACUUCGACAACCUCACUCAGAUCUUCAGUUUCAACUACAAGUCCUUGACUCCUUAUGGCGGCAUCAGUAAGUUCUCUGUCUACACGCCAUCGAGGGUUCUCAGUUCUUCCUUAAUCAGACUUCUUAGCUGCUUUCGUCUACCCUUUUCGUUAUUUAUAGUAGUUUGCACGGUCAAUGAGCUGGGCCUAGAGAGAAGCCCGAUUCUGAGGGCCAAGCCCGAGAAAAAUCGGGCCGGAUUCGGGGAUUUAGUGAAUGCAGCAUCUCGCAUGCUCGUGCUAUUGGUCGUUGACCUCUCAAGUCUUGAUUUCUCAGAUGAUACUGCAAUGCUGUGGGGGGUCAAAUUCUACAACGACCUGCUCAUGCAGGCGGGCCCGCUGGGGAACGUGCAGUCGGAACUUCUCCUUAGAAAGGACGCGUCGACCUUCACCUUCGAAAAGGGCUGGGCGUUCCCCCGGCGUGUGUACUUCAACGGAGACAACUGCGUGAUGCCACCUCCAGAUGCAUACCCAUGGCUGCCAAAUGCAAGCCCUUCAUUAAGGGCCCCACUGCUCUUGUCGGCCACGUUAUUCUGGGCAGCUCUAGCUCUCCUGCUCACCUAG